UUUCAAAAAGCCGGAAGCAUGGAACCAGACCUAAGACAUGAGUUCAGAAAAAGUGUAUCAAUGAGGAAACUUUUAGGCAAAUCUCCCUUAAAACCGGCACAAACUAGCGACACUCUGGAAAACCAUAGGAAUCUUAAUAUGUCGUUGAAUGGUAAUUAGCACAACAGGCAGACUCUUUCAAUAUCCACUCAGCGGUAUUGCUCGUACUGAGGAUAUUAAAAAAUUCAAAGGAGAUAACUUUGAACAGUCUUAUUAUAAAUUUGUGAAAGUCAGAAAAAUAUUUUUGAAUGGCAAAGGACUGUACGAAUUAAAGCUUGUGCAAUAUUGUUUUACCAACUCAAAUCUGCCUCUUUAUAACGCAGUCCCACUCAACAUGAUGCUUACUGAGAGCGAAGAGAAGAAAAGAAGAAGACUCUCUAGUCUUAAAGAGGACAAUAUUGACGAUUCCUAUCAUGCCAAUGGAAGUGGUAAGAUGAAAAAGUAUGUAGUCAGAAGAGAGAAAAAGAAAAAGACGCCAAAUCCGUAUAAACUAGCUUCGGCUAGAAAAAAAUUUAGCAAAUUUGAGAAAAUUUUUAACAGGAUCAAUCUCUCGAAGGUAAAAGAGUCUUUCCAGGAACUUAAAAAUAACACUCAGAAAGAUGUUUUUGGAGCUAAAUCUGGCAAUGACAUAUAUAACGAGACGAAUUAUACAAUGCCAUCAUUUCCCCUCUCAGUGUUGAAAUCAGGUCUAAACCCUCAGAACAGCAUUUCCAUGUGAGUGAUGCCACAAGCGUUUAAACUUACCAAUGGCAGAAGUCUGAGUAUGACCAACAUUCCAACUACUUUGGAGAGACCCAAAAAGAAACUAAGCAAGGAGGAAUACAUCAAAAGGUGAAAACAGGGCCUCAACACUAUCUCUAAUAUUAUCUCUCGAGUCGAGCUUAGCCGUAAGAAGACCAUCUGGGAUGUCCUGGAAGAAAUGCGUAUAUCCAAAGUUGGAAUAAUAGUCCGCAGAAAGUCCGUACAAGAGGAAUUGGAGCUUAAGAAGGCCAACAAGUCCUCCUCUAUGAAUGAAAAAACCGAGCCUAGUACCGAGAUCGACCAACAAGUCAUUGACAAGUUUGAUUUGGAUUACGAAUUCCUUGAUAAAUUAGAACAGAUGCGGGAUAAAGGAAUCAAACAUGAUGAAUACGAUCUUGUCAAAGAGAAUAAGAACGGAGGAAUGUUUUAUAACCACGAGAACUACUCAUUUGGAAAAGAAGGCAACUCAGAUAUUGAGAUGGGCUAUCAUUCUGAUAUCGACCGUACGAAUAGUAAUCCUUCUGAGAGAGCAGACCGGAAGCUGAGCACUAGCUCUCACGAUUUUGGGAAGGAAGGUAACGGUAAUAACCAUGAGCAGGUUUAUUUCCACAAGAAUGGCGGUGCUAAAAGAGUCCUACAGCAAACACCUGGAUCUCUUAGAUCCCUGGAUGAUUGAGAUGAGUCUUCUGUAUAUACUCUUGAGUUAAAUUCCAUUCUGAAAGACUGAAAUGUUAACACUCGGUUAUCUGACUUGAACAGCGAGAUAACCUUAAGCAAAUGAAUAGCUAGUUCAAUGGGCGAGUCCAAGAACAGUGAGCUUAAUUAUACGGGCAAAAUAAUGAAUGAAGACAUAGAAAUGAUGUCUAAAGAGAUAGAACAAAUCCGAGAACAUAUCUUAAAGAAUUCGGAAUUCAAGCUUUCCAAGACUUAUAAAUCCCCAAAUCAAACUCCUAGAAGGAGGUCGAUGAACCAACAAAUAGUAAGCUCUUUAAGAAUCUCAUCCAGUGAUGAGGGAUACUUGGAAGACUCUGAUUAAUUAAAACUGUUAUGACAGCCAUUUAUUUUCAACC